UGUAGAUAAAGGGGGGAAGACGGAUAGAGGGAUGGAAAAAGGCAGGGAUGAAGAGGCAAAACAAGCACUGAAUACAAAUGAGCUGACACACAUAAUGCUCUCCCUCCCUCCGUUUCCCUCUCUCUCUCUUUCUGCUCUCGAUCACUGUCUCCCUCACACCGUUUCUUCCCUCUUGCACACAUUCUUGCGCUCUCCGGCUCCUCUCGGCAUCCUCUCUGCUGGAUCAAUGGAGUGCAGGAGGUGAUUUCAGCCCCUUGAUUUAUUAGUCACCCCUGGUUGCUGGAACAAGCCAAUUAAAGAGGAUUCCGAGUGUGUGCUCCUGAGACGGAGACGAUCCUGAGACGGAGACAAUACUCUUCUGCUGCUUCCUCACGCUUUUACUGUGGACCAGGAGGCAGCGAGGAGAAGAGGGUUGCAGGGUGGUGUGGAGGGGUGGUGGUGGGUUUCUUGGACGAGGAAGAGAAGAAGGACGUAAGGAGGGACAAUUUCACGCCACUUUAGCAUCAUUUGUUCUGUCAUGGCCAGGACAUAGGACUCCACAGCAAACAUCAGCUUGGCGGCAAGGUACCCAAGGUUAAGGGAAGUGACGGCUGGGCCGGGUCAACAGGGAGGGAUGGCGCUGGAGGAGAAGCCUGGUGUAAAGAGCAGCAGCUCCAUCGUUCCCUGCUUCCUGUUUGUGGAGCUGGUGAUCAUGGCUGGGACGGUGCUGCUGGCUUACUACUUCGAGUACACGGACACCUUCCCCGUCCACAUCCAGGGCUUCUUCUGCUACGACAAGAGCUUCUCUAAGCCCUACCCCGGUCCGGACGACGCCAGCAAAAUCCCGCCGGUGCUCAUCUACUCGCUCGUGACAGCCGUCCCCACGGUCAUGAUUCUUGUUGGGGAACUUUGUGCGUUUUUCACCAAGGCAGAGGGAACCCAGGAAAAGACCAUAGUCACCGCAGACUGCUGCUACUUCAACCCCCUGCUCAGGCGCAUUGUACGCUUCUUAGGAGUGUACGCCUUCGGCUUGUUCACCACUGCCAUUUUCGCCAACGCCGGCCAGGUGGUGACAGGAAACCAGACGCCUCAUUUCCUGUCCGCCUGCCGACCGAACUACACCGCGUUGGGCUGCCAGUCGACCAUGCAGUACAUCACCGAGCGCCGCGCCUGCACGGGCAACCCGCUGAUUGUCAUGUCUGCGCGUAAAUCCUUCCCGUCUAAGGACGCAGCGCUCAGCGUGUACUCUGCCUUGUACACAGUGAUGUAUGUGACACUGGUGUUUAAAACCAAAGGCACCCGGCUCACCAAGCCCACCAUCAGCCUCACUCUGCUGUGCCUGGCCGUGCUGGUGGGAGUGGUGAGGGUCGCCGAGUACCGCAACCACUGGGCUGACGUGCUGGCUGGAUUCUUCACCGGUGGCGCCAUCGCUGUGUUCUUGGUAACUUGUGUCAUUAACAACUUCCAACAGUUUCAGCCAAGCCCGCCUCCGCUGCGACCCCAACGUCCUGAAUCCAUGCUGGGCAUGCCCAUGGUGACACUGCCUUGUGUGGAAAGUCCACUCGAAAAGUUAAGUGGCCCUCAGCACCCUGCACUCUCUGCCUCCCCGCCACCUUUCAACGCCUACAUCCAGCCAUUCUAACCAAACCUGAACCCCCUUUUUGUUACUGUCAUCCCUCCACUAUCUCUGUCUUAUUUCUGUUCUCACAUCCUCUCUGUCUCUCUCUCCCUCCAUUACCCCCGACCUUGAACAAUCAGUUCAUUCGACACAUUGCACUGGAUUAUUCUUCUCUUCACCCCGUCCCUCUGUCCCCUUCUUCUUCUUUUCCUUCUUCUCCCCCCCGGCUCCCCUACCUCUCUCUCCUUCUCACUCCUCUCUCUACCCCUGCAGACUCCGCGGGAAUCUCCAUUCACAGAGAUCACAUGACCAUCAGCCCUAUCGGUUCCCCGCCACCCCCGAUGUCCUCGUACAGUCUCGCUCCAUUUCCAGCGAAGUCUAGACCAGCCGGAGCAGCAGCACUCGCCACACUGCGCGGCCCACGGGUCGGGUCGGAGCACCAUGCUGCAUCGCUCCUAUUCCACGCAGGUCUAGGCCCAGCGGACAGUGACCCCUCCCCCUUCCACGCCCCAUAGACUUCCUUAAAUGCCGGGGAACCGAUAGGCAAACUAUUUCAGACUUCUUUCUUACAAUACUGUGAACAAUCAGCGGAGAGUCACCCAUCUCUCUUGAGUGAUUCAUUUUUACAUUCUUUUGUAUCGAAUCAGUCGCAAUGGAUUUCUUCUGCUUUGACUUAAGAGAUUUUUGUACUGCUAAGUUCACACCUGUGGAACAAGAGGCGGGAUCUGACAGCCAGUGGGGGGAUGACCUCCGCCACAUUGGACCAAAGACACACGCUGCAGGCAAUGUGUCGAAAUCUGUUAAAAACACCUUUUUACCGAGCCACACACUCAAAAUAAUCAUAAGCUGCGUUUCCAUUAACCCUAUAAUUGCACAAUUUGACAUUUCUGAAAAACACAUUUUUCAAUGAAAGCGGUGCUACAUGCUAUUGAAUCAUGGGGUGUACUUAGAUUUGUCUAUGACUAUGUUAGCAAUCAAAUGCACUUUCUUUUUUCAUAACUGCAUACCGCAAAUGUUUUUGAUUUUAAAGUCCCAUUUUAGGUUCUUAACUGUUUAACAAUUUAACAGGUGUCGGUAUUUCAUCACUUUAAGUUUUAAUAGCGUAGUUGCCGAAAGUCAUAUUUAGGCCAAAUUGGGAUAUUUGCGUAAUACUGACCUCUUUACCUUGCUACGUCAAAAUACAUUUGCUUAAUGGAAACAUGCUAAUUUUGAAAAAACUUGUUUUUCAAAAUUUUUGUCACUAAAAUAAGGUGUUUUUUUAUUUAUUUAUUAAAACUAGUUUAAUUCACAAAACUGCUAAAUACUUUUUUUCAUAUCAGACAAGUCAUGAUCAACAACAGGAUGUUAUCUUUGGCUCAAACCAUGAAGAAGACAACGAGAAGUAGUAAGAACUGAAACGUUGCGAUUGCAAAUUUGUGGGGGUUUCUUGACAUUAGCGGAACAUUGACAACGUUUUGUGCACAUUUGCAACGGAAACGCAGCUGUAAGCACACGUGUUUUUUUUUUUUUUCUUUUUCCUGCUCAUCUCAAUCGAACGCGCCGCUGACAUUUGGGUGGUCCACUCUGUACUGCGUGCGGUCCAUCUCGAGCAAAGCACAGUCGGCAGAAACAACAGACAAAAACAGACAGGAGGAAAAAGCACAGAACCGAUCAGCUGCCUGUCUUCGUUAGAGCUUUUUUGUCCCACCCUGAGAUGGGUGAAAUUUUACCAAAUUCUAAUGGAAAAAGUUUCAGAGUUGCUGACCGCAGCCAAAUUAAUGUUGUUUUGUUGUUGUUGUUCCUACAUGCUGUAUGAGAUUCUUGUUUGGUCGUUGUUCCGCUGGGUUUGGAACAUUGUUUUCCCAAGAAAAAAAAAAAAGUAUCUUUUUUUUCUACGGAUCUCCCCGGCAGUGUAGCUCUUCUGACUGAUUCUGAAGACUUUAUGUUCACUGAUCUGUAUAUAAGACGUAGAUGCCAUAAGCGCCACAUGCGGUGAGACAGUUUUGCUGAAUUUGAUUUGCACACUCUGCCCCUUCAUGUCCCCUCCCGGACACGGUGCCAUCAUUGUGCUGUGAAAGGGUUCCCCCUGCUGGAUGGCCCGUGCAAAAACACACUAAGGAACAAAGAAAAAAAAAAACCUUCUCAACAUAUUGCAACCUUAAAUGUAUUUUAUUAGGAUUUAUUGAUGAUAGACCAAUACAAUGCAUCGGAAAGGAAAUACUUAUCAAAGUUUUUCUGAAAAAAUAAUUAAAACCUAAAUUUAUAUCUACCCCCUUUAUUCUGACUGAUUAAACAUAAAUCCAGUGUAAUGAGUUUCUUUAAUGAGAUUAUUAGUGAUUGGAGCUAAUUCAGGUCCAAUCACUAAACAGAAUUGAAGGAGGUUGACUUGAUAUCUGGCAAUGAUUUAUAUCAAAGCACAUUCACAUUUAAAAAUGGCCUAGUCAAAGUCUAGACCAAAAUCCUCUUCAUAAUUCCAAGCUGUUCAGAGCUGGUGGACAGCGUUGUAAAAUGCCCGACAUGGCCACUGAAAGGUGGUUCUAGAAAGUUCUGCCUUGGGGAGGCAAGAAGGAGAAUGAAUACAAACGCGCUCCACACUGUUAAGAUUUUCAUUCAAGUAUAAUUGUCCCUCCACGUCACAAAUGUUCUUAACGUAGUUUUGGUCCAUCAUGUAUACUAACCAAUAAAAUGCACCUGCAUUGGGCGGUUUGGUAAAAUGUUGAGAAGUUUAA